CAGGCAGCAGCGCUCAGAGGCAUCGCCAUGCGCUGGCAGCGCUUGUGCUGGCAGCAGCAUCAGCACAAGCGCAGAAACAGCAUCAGGCACAGAGGCCGGGGUCAGGAGACGCGCCGCGCACACGGGUCAGCAGAGAAGGAGCGAGGGCCGACGCGGUGUAUGCGCCUUGUCUGUGCGUCGGGCACGCCGUGCACCCUGCGUCUGUUCCACCACCUCCUUCCACCAGCAUCGCAUCCACCAUGUUCCGUGCCACUCCUGCCCGCCAGCUGGGCCGCCUCGCCGCCAGCGCCGUCCGUGCGGCGCCGCGCCGUGCCGCCGUGCCCGCCCUCGCCGCCAGCCAGCCGGCCGUGCGCGCCUUCUCGGCCGCGGCCGCCGUGCGCCAGGCGCAGCCGGCCACGGACUUUGACCCGCACGCGCAGACGGCCAUGGACAAGCAGCAGCCACCGGCGCCCGGAGAGGACUUCAACGUCGUCAUCGUCGGCGCCGGCAACAUCAACGUGCGCUCCGACGAGGGACCCUGGAACCACUCGUUCCGUCUCGAGCACAAGCUCGGCCCGCGCCUCAAGGUUGUUGCGCUCAUCGACCCGGGCAAGGCGCGCGCCGAUGCCGCGCUCAAGGUCAAGCGCGAGAGCUUCGUGCUGAGCGCAUACAAGGACACCGUCGUGUACCCCAACUUCGGCGAGUUUGUCAAGAACAUGAAGCCCGAGCAGCGCCCGCGCGCCAUCUGGGUCGGCUCGCCGCCGGCGUUCCGCGGCCGCGAGUCGGCAGGCCGCGACCUCGAGCAGACGCUCAUCGAGGCCUUCCCCGACGUCGCCAUCUUCAUCGAGAAGCCCGUGUCGACGGGCCCCGUCGACGAGGCCAUGAACAUCGCCGAGAAGCUCAAGCAGAGCGGCAACAUUGUCAGCGUCGGCUACAUGCUGCGCUACCUCAAGGUCGUGCAGAAGAUGAAGCAGAUCCUCGAGGAGAACAACCUCAAGGUCAUGGCCACCAACGCGCGCUACAUCAUGGCGUACGAGCACACGGCCAAGCUCGACUGGUGGGACAAGAGCCAGUCGUGCGGACCCAUCGUCGAGCAGGCUACGCACUUCUGCGACCUGUCGCGCUACUUCGGCGGCGAGGUCGACCUCUCGACGGUGAUGGCGCACUCGCUCGAGCACUUUGAGCCGGCCGGCCAGCUCUCCAAGGUGCCCGUGCCCGAGGACACGAUCCCCGCCAACGAGCGCAUCCCGCGCAUCACAUGCGCCACGUGGAAGUACGAGAGCGGCGCCGUCGGCUCGCUCACGCACGCCGUCGCCCUGCACGGCUUCAACUACUCGACGGAGCUCGAUGUGUACGCCGACGGCUACAGCCUGCGUCUCGUCGACCCGUACAACGCGCCCGUGCUGUACCUGCGCCGCCCCGGUGACGACCACGAGGAGGUCGUGCGCUACCAGAGCGACGACCCGUUCUUCUCUGAGGUCGCCAACCUGAUCGACAACAUCGAGAAGGGCGAGGGCUCGGCCCCGAUCCUCAGGUGGGUGCUGCGCAGCUCUCUGAUCCCGCGCUUGGCUGACACUGCCCGCAGCUCGUACGAGGACGCCGUCAAGUCGUACGCGCUCACCUGGGCCAUCCGCGAUGCGUCGGAGAAGAGCGCCAAGAAGGCUGCAUAAGCCUGCCGCCUUGCAAGGCAGUGG